GGAAGGAGGGGCGAGGGUCUAACUUUGUCUUCCUGUGUAAAAAAAACCCUUCGUCUUCUGUCUGUUUGUAUUCACCAUUGUAUUUUUCAUUCCGUUCAUUCGUUCAAAUAAUGUUGAUAUUUGGGGUACACGUGGAUUAGCGAUGAAGAAAUGCAGAACCGUGCUUUGAGGCGCACGAAGAAUGGAGUGUGGAUUUUUUAAGAAAACACCUGAGCUGAAACUAUUUGUGAGCUAACCGACACGUUCUCCAUCCAAACUGGAUUUUGGCCGUGAUUUUUGCAUGUAGGAAGUAUCAUCGGCUACAAUGGGCGAGGAGAACACAGACAUUUCUAGGGAAUUAUUGGAGAGUGUGAGGGAUGCGGUCGGGAGGAAGAUCAACCUGUCCCUCAAGAAGAGGGUUAACCUGGAGGUCAAAGGGGACAAGCUGGAGAAGCGAAUCCUGGCUUUGGCAGCUCACCGGGCCUAUCUGGUAACAGCUAGAGUACCCUCUAAGGUGGAGCAGUCCUUCAACUAUCUGGACAUCCAGAACAUCAGCAGCCAGAAACCAGAUCAGCUAGUAGUUAAGCAUGAGCGUGGCGUGCUGUCCAUCAAGUUGCCCGGCGUGGAGGAUGUGGACGAAGUGGUUGCACACAUGGGCAGCCGACUGCAGAGGAUAUGCCCCAGCCUCGCACCAGGGGAGGUCCUGAAGAAGUGUUCCCUGAAGCCAGAGGACAGGAUGGCAGCCCUGCUGGCCAAGUGGGAGGACCAGGUGCCCGUCGACUGCGGACCUUGUGGGGGAUUUUCUCACACCUAUCGCUGCCUUUGUGAUCAUCUUGGUCUUCCAUAUAGAGAUGAAGUCCAGUGGGAUGUAGAUACAAUAUACCUAACUCAAGACACCUGUGAACUGAACCUCCAAGACUUUAUUCAUCUAGAAAACAGGGACUUGGUUGUCAUCAUUGCUGCUCUGGAAUACAACCAGUGGUUCACAAAACUCUCCAUCAAGGACUACAAACUGUCCACAGACCUCUGUGAGCAAAUCCUGAAAGUAGUUUCCCGCUCGGUGCGUCUGGAGGAGUUGGUGCUGGAUAAUGCCAGUCUCAAAGCUGAUUUUGCACAGAAGCUGGCCAGUGCACUUAGCCACAACCCCAAAUCAGCUCUCCACACCCUCAACCUGGCCAACAACUCACUGGAGGACAAAGGCAUUGCCGCCCUCAGCCCGCCCCUGGCCAAACAAACACGCCUCAAGUCUCUAAACCUGUCCAGAACCUCUCUGUCAUCGAAAGGGGCGAAUAUUCUUGCACAGUCUCUGAGUGCCAAUUCUUCUUUGGCAAGUACACUGACACACCUGGACCUGUCCGGGAACGCACUACGUGGAGAUGAUCUUGCUAAUCUCUGUAACUUUCUGGGUCAGCCCAAUAACCUGCAAACACUGGACCUGUCCAAUAGCGACUGCCCUCUGGACCUUAUAUGCUCUUCGCUGCUUCGAGGAUGCCUCAAAAACCUCUCUGUUCUCAACAUGGCCAAAAGUGUAUUUUCUCACAGGAAGGGUAAGGAUAUCCCGCCCUCCUUUAAGCAGUUCUUCAGCAGUGCUGCGGCCCUGAGUACCAUCAACCUGUCAGGCACCAGACUCGUCCCUGAGGCACUCAAAGCUCUCCUUCUUGGCAUUGCCAGUAACACCAAUCUCAAAGAGGUCUCCCUGGACAUCAGCUGCUGCGAGCUGCGGUCAGCGGGCUCUCAGAUUCUGGAGGGCUGCAUUGCUGAGAUCACCAACAUUUCCAGCCUGGACAUCUCGGAUAACAGUUUUGACACUGAUCUCACUACACUGCUGGUGUGGCUGGCCAAGAACCGCUCCAUCAGACACCUGUCUCUGGGCAAGAACUUCAAUAACAUCAAGUCCAAGAAUUUGGGGCAGGUCCUCAGCAACUUGGUUCACAUGAUCCAGGAAGAUGAGUCGCCCCUCACGUCCCUCUCUCUGGCCGACUCCAAGCUAAAGGGUGACCUCUCCAUCGUCCUCAAUGCACUGGGCAGCAACACCAGCCUCACCAAGAUGGACAUCAGUGGCAACGGCAUGGGGGACAUGGGGGCCAAGAUGCUGGCCAAGGCCCUGCAGAUCAACACCAAACUCAGGACUGUUGUAUGGGACAAAAACAACAUUACCCCACAAGGACUUCAGGACGUCGCAGCUGCUUUGGAGAAGAACUACACCAUCCGCUUCAUGCCCAUGCCCAUCAUCGACGCAGCCCAGGCCCUGAAGGCCAGCCCCGACAAGACAGAGGACGCCCUGCUAAAGAUGGAGCAGUACCUUCUGAGGAACCACGAGACGCGAAAAUACCUCCAGGAACAAGCCUAUCGACUCCAGCAAGGCAUCGUCACCACCACCACCCACCAGAUGAUUGAGAGGAUGUGUGUGAAGGUGCAGGACCACCUGAACUCCCUUCGGUACUCGGAGACAGACCCCAUCCAGGAGGACAUGCGCGUGGCUGAGAAACUCAUGAAGGACGCCAGGAACUCGAAAACGUUGCUUCCCAACAUGUACCACCUGAGGACAUCUCGUAACGAUGAGAUUGGGGAGGGCCCUUGUGUUGGCCCCAUUCAGCAGAAGCUGCAGUCUAUGGCUGGAGAGCUCACCAGCGUCAUGGAGGAACAGCUACAGGGUCUGCUGAAGUCCAUGGUGGAUACGGCUGAGAGCCUGUGUCCUAACGUGAUGAAGAAGCCAAACCUGAGGCAGGAGCUGAUCCGGGCCAGCGCUGGCAAGAUGGCCGUGCCCCGUGGCUUCGUCACGGCAACCCUGCUGGAGCAGUCGGCCGUGGACAUCAUCAACAAGAUCAGUGAGGUGAAACUCAACAUGGCGUCCUUCCUCUCAGACCGUAUUGAAGAUGAGAUAUUAGAAGCACUGUCCCGUUCUCAACAAACACUGUCGGAGCACCUGAGCAGGAAAGGCCAUGGGCCUCUGCUGCAUCAUGACUCCCAGGAGACGGAGGUGCUGGAGGAGAGCGUUCUGCAGCCAGAGAGCCACAGCUCAGAGGCAGAGGAGGACCUGGACGCGUGCCUGCUGACACCCAAGUCCAAGAGGAAGAGUAUUCUGUACAGAAUGCUGAGACCCAUCUCCGUUGCCUUCGAGAUGGAGUUUGACUUGGACAAGGCGCUGGAGGACGUGCCUAUCCACGAGGUGGACCCCCCCGCCCCCGGGCCCCCGACGCCUCCCCCCAAGCUGGAGAAGAAGCCGUCUGCCCUGGGCUUCUUUGGAGACCUGCCCUCAGCCGAGGUGCCCGCCCUGCAGCAUAUCACCAAGCUCAGGCCCAGACGCAACAAGAUCACCCGCCCCAGCAGAGCACCAGCAGCAUCAGCAUCAGCUUCAGCAGCUGCAUCGUCGAGCGGGGCUCACGUCCAAGAGGCGGAGCAGAACGGGGCCGUGGUGAAGGUGGACGAGGGCAUGGAGGACUUCUUCUCCAAGAAGAUCACCAAGAUCAGCUUCAAGCGUCUGUCCCAGAAGAGCAGCCAGCCUCAGCCCCAGUCCCACUCCCAGCCUCACGAGGGCGAUAAGAAGCGCGAGUCACGUAUGAGCGGCCUCUUCAACCGCAUCAAGCCGCGCUCCUCCAAAGCCGAGAAGACCCCAGCAGCCCCGCCGCCGUCCGCCACCACCCCCCAGCAUACACCCACGACCACACCCACACACGGCCCACUAACGCCUGCACUAGCUCCAGCAUCUACACCCCAGCCCUCUGCACCCACACCAGACCCAGAAGACCCCCUCCCCCCGCCCCCCAGGCCUCCUCCGAAGAGCCCCAUCCCCACUCCCACCACCACCUCACAGCCCGAGGUCACCAUCGCAAACACACCCAGUGAUGCAACAGACCUUCCACCUCCACCGACCCCUACAGCAGCAGAGGAGCCCCAGUCACCAGGGCCCCCCAAAGAGGCCGAGCUCCCCAGGGAGGAGGCUCUUCCGGCGGGGGAGGCCAAGAGCAAGCUCAGCCCCCCCAUGGGGCGCCACAUAGGCGUGCAGGUCAUGGGCAACGACUUCCUGGCCGAGAUGCGAGCCAAGCAGGAGAGGAAGGCAGCCGCCGCCGCCAAUAAGGCCAACGAACACUCCUCUCCUGAAAAGUCUGAGUCUCCUGAAUCACCGGGCUCGAACGAGGACGACCACAAGUCCCCUGAGAGGAAGAGCCCGGGGGGUGAGACCCAGCGUCCUCCAGAGCCGGCCCCCAGGACCACCCUGCCCCCUCCCACCUCGGCCAAGCCCACCAUGGGCGCGCCAAAGCCCCCCACCCAGGGCAGCAAGCCGGCCCUGGGCCCCCGCCUCUCCGGCCCACUCAAGACGCGCAGCAGCAGCCGCAGCACUGAUGACCGUCCUGACUCUCCCAGCGGUGGCUUGUCCCCCAAAGUGCCCACCAGUCCUAGUACCCACGUGUCCAGCCCUACCCACAUGCCCACACCUGCCCAGCGCAGCAAGAGGCUCUCCUCUGACACGGAGCGAGAGAGCCUGACCACCAGCCCCUCGCCUGAGGACUCAGAGAGGAGGGAUGGGCCCUCUGAAUUAACAGGAGACUCCAGCGUGUUCGAUGGGGACCAAGACUCCGCUGCAAUCAAACACGCCUCCUCCCUUCGCUCUUCCACCAAUCCGGUCGCGGAAGAUGAACGGCAGCGAAUCAAGUCCCUCCCGACACCUGUGAAACUGUGCCCAGAGGAUGAGCCCCUGCUGAGCCCUGGCCUGCCGCCCCCGCCUCCUCCCCUGGACCUGCCUGAUCCCAUACCAGAGGACCAAGCCACGGAGGCAGACACCAACGCAUAGCCACCUCCCUCCACCCUCCACCCACUAUACUCCAUGCUCCAUCCUCCAUCCUCUCUCCUGCCUACGCCCUCCCCUGGACCUGCCUGAUCCCAUGCCAGAGGACCAAGCCACGGAGGCGGACACCAGCACAUAGCCAUCUCCCUCCACCCCUCCACACUCCCUAAUCCUCCAUCCUUUCUCCUACCUACCCCUCCCCUGGACCUGCCUGACCCCAUACCAGAAGACCAAGGAUGCAGAAACCAACGCUUAUCACCCGGUGAGCAGACGGAACGUCUUCUGAUUGGCUGAGCAGGUGUCCUUUAUUCCUCAGUAGCAGGACACCUAUGAUGUCAUGCGGGCGUGCAGACAUCCAAGUUGCUUCUUUUCUAACUUUCUGGCGAAGUGCCGUUACUAAUUCUAUCGCAUCUGGUUGUCUAGUCAAGACCGCAUCGUUAGUUCUAUCGCAUCUGGUUGUCUAGUCAAGACCCCGUUACUAAUUCUAUCGCAUCUGGUUGUCAAGUCAGAAACCCAGUCGUCAAUUCUAUCGCAUUUGGUUGUCAAGUCACCCCAACGUUCUGCGCACGUCCUUACAUGCCUCCGAUAGAGGCUCGUCUCACUAGAUUAGGAAGUGGUGCCCAUAGCAACGUACCAAGCGCAGUGGUUAAUCUGCUUUCUCACAAAGCCUUAGAUCAACAUAUUAUGAAUACUUAAAUGCUGAUAACCGGGUGAUAAGCGGAAUACCGGCCUUCGAGGUGUCCCGAUAUCAAGGGAAAAUGGACUUGGCGAAGCAAACAGCCCUUCGGCUGCGCCGUCGGGCUGUUAGAACGCUCCGCCUCGUCCAUUAUUUCCCUUGAUAUCGGGACACCUCGUCGGCCGCUAUUCCAUGCAUAGCCACCUCCCUCCAUUUUCCAUACUCCACCCUCCAUACUUCAUCCUCCAUCCUCUCUCCUGCCUCCCCCUCCCCUGGACCUGCUUAAUCCCAUAUGGAAGCGGACAGCAACGGAUAGCCACCUCCCUCCACCCUCUCUCCUGCCUCCCCCGCCAAGCCACGGAGGCCUACAAUAACGCAUAGCCACCUCCCUCCACCCUCCAUACUCAAUCCUCUCUCCUGCCUCCCCCGCCUCCCCCGUCCCCUCUCAUGGACCUGCCUGAUCCCAUACCAGAGGACCAAGCCACGGAGGCGGACACCAACGCAUAGCCACCUCCCUCCACCCAUCCACACUCCACCCGCCAUACUCCAUACUCCACCCUCCAUCCUCCAUCCUCCAUCCUCCAUCCUGCCUCUCCCGCCCCUGGACCGGCCUGACCCCAUACCAGAGGACCAAGAAGCCACUGAGGCGAACACCAACGCAUAGCCUCCACCACCCCCCACUCACCACCACACUCUGUGUGUCAACUAGUUUCUGUUAUCCUUUUCGGUUGCUUGUGGCCACGUGAUACAGUGCUCGGCGUCAUUAAUGGUUGCGGUUUCAUUCAGUUUCUCGUGAAACCACAAUUCCAAAUUACAUAGUCUUGUUUCCAAUUGGGGCAAAAGUCCCGCAAAAGGUUGCUCUGUCUUGUUUGAAGGCAGGGAACUUUUUUCUCUCCACGGAGGCAAUAUGACUCCAAUAGCGCAUUCAGGCCGACUGAGAACCGUGCCGGUGCCCGUUCCCGCACCUACUUGUGAACCGGCCGUCGUGCUCACGCCAAAGAUUUUAGCGUUUGCGAACCGGAAAAUUGGUUCGCAAUGUGAACUGCAAAAUACUAGGUUUUUCUCCGCGAACCGUGACAACAACGUGGCCGUCAGCAGGUUCAUCCAGGUAACACAGUCACGUGCGGAAAAAGUUCAGAGCCCGGUAUGAACACGGGCGGUUCGCAGAUAAGCACUUUAGUGCCGAACGUAACUGGUGCGGGCACUGGCACAGGCUCAGUUCUGGUCGGCCUGAAAACCCUAUAAGAGGCAACAAGCAACAGGAAAAGCAAGGAGCAACUUGCUUGACUUGCAGCCCAUCCCUCAUUUCCACAGACCUUCACUUGUGGUUCAGCUCGGGCACAAUCCCUGGUGCUGAA